AAUUGUGCAGUGCUAAAUUUUGCCAAAAAUGACGAAGAAACAAAAGAAAGUGAAUGAACAUCUGCCAAAAAAGAAAAUGGAGGAGAAGACUUCAAUACAGGAUCCACCCGGUCUAAUUGCGAGACUUGGGUUCUUCUGGAUGAUACCUGCGUUUUUUAACGGUAAUCGCAGGGACUUGGAAGAAUAUGAUUUAAUAGCAGCAAAGAGCAUUUAUGAUUCGAAAAUAGUUGGAGACAAACUGGAACGGGUGUGGUACGAAGAGCAAUUCAGAGCAAAAGCAUCUGGCAAAAAGCCGUCGUUCACAAGAGCACUGAUUAAAGCUUUCGGUUGGUCUUACUUGCCCGGAGGGUUAAUGCAGCUCGCCGCUGAAGCUAUAAGAACGGGGACCCCGCUCCUUUUCGCACAGCUGCUGGAUUAUUGGCGGGUGGACUCGACUAUGAGCACACAAACCGCGUCAUACUACGCGGGCGGCGUGAUCCUGGCCAACUGGGUUGCAGCCUUCUGUAAUCAUCACGGGAAUCUGUUCUGCCAGCAGUUUGGCAUGAAACUUAGAAUUGCGACGAGUUCCUUGAUGUUUAGGAAGGUCAUGGUAAUGAAUAACGGCGCCCUCGGCGGGACGACUGUGGGUAAAAUCGUCAAUAUUUUAUCAAACGAUUUGCUGCGAUUCGACCUGGCGCUCCUCUUCCUGCAUUAUGUUUGGAUUAUACCCCUGCAGUAUGCUGCUGUGUUGUACCUAGGCUACUUGCAGGCAGGAUAUUCCGCAUUUGUCGGCAUGGCCGCAUUGGUGAUCAUCGCGAUCCCCAUCCAAAGUGGCCUCAGUCGACUAAUAGCUAAGGUUAGGUUUCGCACAGCUGAGAAAACAGAUGACAGAGUCAAGACAAUGAGCGAAGUUAUUAAUGGGAUACAGGUGAUUAAAAUGUACGCUUGGGAGAUACCAUUCCAAAAAGUAAUUAGUAACAAGAGAAGCUCAGAGUUGAAAGAAGUGAGAAUUGCAACCAUUCUGAAGACAGUUUUCCUUGGGUUCUUGAUGUUCACGGAGAGGACGGCGCUGUUCAUCGCUAUCCUGGUGUAUAUCCUGCUGGGGAACACGAUGUCAGCAUCUGUGAUAUAUCCGCUGCAGCAAUUCAUGAACGCAGCGAGCGUGAAAGUGACUCUGAUCCUGCCUCUGGUGUUGUCCUUUACGGCCGAGAUGCGCGUUACGCUUAAACGAGUCGAGGAAUUCCUCGCAUUUGAGGACCGGGCCGACUUGGUAGCGAGCCAGGCGGGCAUGCAGCUCCACUUCACGCGCCGCAAGAGCGAGCGGCCCGUCAGCGCGCUGUCCUACCGACUCACCACUGACGACUUCCUCGAUCCCUCCGACGGUUUCGCCCCGCACGACAAAAAGUUCAGCCGAAGCGUGUCCCAGCUGGACGACGUGGCGGUUGACGUCCGCGAUGUCAGCGCCAGCUGGACGAAUGAUCCCAACUCUCAAGCUCUUAAAAACAUUACUUUACGCAUUCGAAAAGGAAAGCUGUGCGCCAUUAUCGGAUCAGUUGGGUGCGGAAAGUCGUCGUUCCUGCAACUGCUCCUGAAGGAGCUGAGCUCCUCGUCUGGCAGUGUGUCAAUAUACGGUUCGUUGUCCUACGCGUGCCAAGAGGCGUGGCUCUUCCCCGCCACGGUUCGAGAAAACAUAUUAUUCGGAUUGCCGUAUAUUGCAAGCAAAUAUAAAACCGUAUGCAAGGUGUGUGCGCUCGAGAAGGACUUCAAGCAGUUUCCGUUCAGCGACCAGACGUUGGUGGGCGAGCGCGGCGUUUCGCUGUCGGGCGGUCAGCGCGCGCGCAUCAAUCUGGCCCGUGCUGUCUAUCGUGAGGCGGACAUCUACCUGCUGGAUGACCCGCUGUCGGCGGUGGACGCCAACGUGGGUCGGCAGCUGUUCGAGGGCUGCAUCAACGGCUACCUGCGCGGGCGCACGCGCGUGCUCGUCACGCACCAGAUACACUUCCUCAAGGCCGCCGACUACAUCAUCAUCCUCAACGAGGGCAAAAUCGAAAAUAUGGGAACAUACCAAGAAUUAAUGAAGAGUGGUAGAGACUUGACAAGAUUUUUAUCGGAAGAGAAAGAAAAAGACAAAGACUCUGUCAGUCUCAGCGCAAAAAGUGAGGACAAAGCAAACGUGAUUAAGAGGCGUAUAUCUAAAGUGAGCGAAGCCGAGGAGCAACCAGAGUUCAAGGCUCAGGUAGCCGUGGCCGAGGAGCGGCAGUCAGGCAGCUUGCGGCUGGAGGUGAUCGCCGCUUACUUCCUGUCCGGCAACAGCGUGUGCUACGUCCUAUUCACUGUGGGCGUGGUGCUGGCUGCCACCGCGGCCGCGGGCUCGGCCGACUAUUGGGUCAGCAAUUGGACAAAUGAAAUGGCAAGACAUGAAGCGGAAGCAGGAUCUGAUACCGAUGGCGGGCUGGAUGAGCAGGUGGGUCGCUUCACGACGCGGCAGUACCUGAUCGUGCACGGCAGCAUCGUCGCCGUGCUCAUUCUGCUCGUCAACGUGCGCGUGCUGCCCUUCGUGCAACUCUGCAUCGCUUCCUCCCGAAAACUGCACAACAAAAUGUUUUCAGUCAUGUUGAGGGGCAUCAUGCGCUUCUUUGACACUAGCUCUUCAGGGCGUAUCCUGAAUCGCUUCACCAAGGAUAUCGGCGCGGUGGAUGAGAUCCUGCCGCGCACGCUCCUCGACGUGUUCCAGAUCUACAGCACGCUUGGCGCCAUCUUGACUCUUAACGCCAUAGCGCUCUACUGGACUCUUAUACCGUCUGCGGUGCUCGUUGCCAUAUUCGCGAUCUUCGUUAAAAUCUACUUAAACGCUGCUCAGAGCAUUAAGCGUCUAGAAGGCACAACAAAGAGUCCCGUAUUCGGCUUGGUGACGUCUUCUCUUAAUGGCAUUUCAACUAUAAGAUCUUGUGGAGCCCAGAAUAAACUAAUUGAAGACUUUGAUCGGCAUCAGAACUUGCAUACGGCUGCUUGGAAUGGAUUCUUAGGAGGGGGUGCAACUUUCGGCUUUUAUUUGGAUUCCCUAUGCUGUAUUUAUUUGGCAACUAUAAUAUUUGUCUUCUUAUACGUUGACUUUGGCGGAGUGAUGGCGAUCGGCAGCGUGGGGCUGGCGGUGACACAGAGCCUGACGCUGACCAUGAUGCUGCAGCACGGCGCGCGGAUGUUGGUGGAGUUCCUCGCGCAGCUCACCAGCGUGGAGCGCGUGCUGGAGUACAGCCGGAUUGACACCGAGACAAACCUAUUUGAAGGACAGGUGCCCACUCCCCACAUGUGGCCAUCACAGGGCAGGAUCGUGUUCCAAAACGUGAACAUGCGUUAUUCGCCCGACGAAGCCCCGAUACUAAAGAACUUAAAUAUUACAGUCGACAGUGGCUGGAAGGUUGGCGUAGUGGGCAGAACUGGCGCUGGAAAAUCGUCCCUAAUUUCUGCAUUAUUCAGAUUUGCAUUUUUGGACGGCACUGUCACAAUUGACGGACUGGAUACAUCGCUGAUAGCUCGACAAGAUCUCCGAACCAAAAUUUCUAUCAUACCUCAAGAGCCAGUCCUAUUCUCUGCUACAAUUCGCUAUAAUCUAGACCCGUUCAAUGUGUACAGUGACGAUGACCUCUGGAGAGCACUCGAACAGGUGGACAUGAAAUCUGCAAUACCGUCUCUGGAUUUCCUAGUAACAGAGGGUGGAUCAAAUUUUUCUGUAGGGCAACGGCAAUUGAUGUGUCUGGCCCGCGCUGUACUCAGAUCGAAUAAAAUUUUGAUUAUGGAUGAAGCCACUGCCAACGUAGACCCUCAGACUGACAAUUUUAUACAGAAAACGAUCCGCAGCAAGUUCGCGUCAUGUACGGUGCUGACGAUCGCUCACCGGCUCAACACCAUCAUGGACUCGGACCGCGUGCUGGUGAUGGACAGUGGCGAGGUGGCGGAGUUCGACUACCCCUACCACCUGCUCUCCGACCCCAACAGCCGGCUGUCCUCCAUGGUCCGGGAGACUGGGGACUCGAACAUGGCUCGUCUGUUUCAGAUAGCCAAGGAUGCCUAUUUCCGAAGUAAUCUGAAGGAAAAUGCCGCAUGAACUGCAUCCAAAGUAAUUUUAAAGAAAACGCCUCAUGAAAUUUACUAUGUAAUAAGGCG